UCGAUAUCGGUUUUGUGCAUGCUCAUGUUCAUUCGUAGUAAAGGGGUUAAACGACCCCCGCCGCAUGACUGUCACAUCGAAGGUUUCUUUCGCUUGUCUGUGUAGAUCAAAGUUAAACUCUGCCGUUUAUACAGGCCCGUUAGGAGAAGUGUUUAUUCGAAAGCUGUUUAUUAUUAUUGUUAUUUAAAACUAAUUUUGUACUGUGGUCCAAUUGUCUUUGGGAUUUCCAGCGUUAUUCAGAAGUGAUAUAAAAACUGGACGCAGAAUGGCAGGUAGGUCAACUCGUGUGCGUAAAUGUCAUGCAGCACAGUAGCUCGCCAGACAGAUUGAGUUCGUCCAAAGAGUCUCAGGCAUUUGUAACUCUGGCCACCACAUAUGCCUACUGCAUGGGGAGUUUAGUGGUAGGCAAAAGUCUGCGCAGGCAUGGCACAUCAAAAAAGUUGGUUGUGAUGGUUUCCCCCAAUGUCCCCAAAGAUGCAAGGUUGUCUUUGGAGGAUGUGUUUGAUGAAGUUAUCAUGGUAGAUGUUUUGGACAGUAGAGAUAAGGCUCAUCUCUCCUGGCUGGGACGUCCUGAAUUGGGAGUCACCUUCACAAAGCUCCAUUGCUGGACUCUUACCCAGUACAGCAAGUGUGUGUUUCUGGAUGCAGACACACUUGUACUGUGUAAUGUAGAUGAGCUGUUUGAGUAUGAGGAGUUCUCUGCUGCACCUGAUUCAGGCUGGCCUGAUUGCUUCAACUCUGGGGUAUUUGUGUUCAUGCCUUCCUUAAAUACUCAUACCAAGCUACUAGAACACGCUACUCAACAUGGCAGCUUUGAUGGAGGAGACCAGGGUGUUUUAAACACUUUCUUCAGUGACUGGGCAAUAAAAGACAUCAGCAAGCAUUUACCAUUUGUGUACAAUAUCAUGGCCAGCGCGCUGUAUACAUAUCUGCCAGCAUAUCACCAGUUUGGCCACCAAGCAAAAAUUGUCCACUUUUUAGGUGGGACAAAGCCCUGGCAUUGUUCAUAUAAUCCACAGGCAGCCAAUCAGUCAUCGCUUGAGAAUCCCAACAAGCACAAUGAAAAAUGUAUCAAUUUAUGGUGGGAAGAAUACUACAAUCAAAGCAAUCUUAAAAAGGACAACAAGAGUGAAGACUUAUCUUUCGUAAGACCAUUGACCAUUUCUUAUUCUCAUACUGAAUCACACAAGCAAAAAAGCAGCACUGAAGCCUAUCGUAAGGAGAUGUCGCCCUCUCAACCUGCCCUAGAUCUGGCUGUCAAUACUUUGGUCAUCAGCUCAUCUCACCACAAGAUAUCACCCUCUCAAUCUCCCCUAGAUCCAACAGGGGAUACAGUAGCCAUCAGCGCAUCUUCAAAGCCUGUGGAAAUGAAUAUACCCUUCAAUGUCCUGCCUGGUAUUGAGGAUGAGUGGAUCUCUCUAGUCAGCCCUACAUCUGAGCAAGAAAGUGAGAAAACAGGCCUAGAGACUGCUGAUGACUCAGACACAGCCACUGGAGAAGCUGAAUCAAAUACCCCAGCAGAAACAGAGGAGGAAGACCUGGAGCAUAAGCGAAUGUGGGAGGAAGGUUACAUGGAUUACAUGGGCAAAGACGCUUUUGACAACAUCAAGAGGAAACUUGACCGAUUCCUUGAAUAACUGGGUUUUGUGUUUAUUUGAGACAAAUAUCAUUUAGUAUUCUUUUGUACUUUAUCAUUUAACAUCUCAACAUAAGGCCAGAUGUAUUCAACUCCAGUGCUGGGGACAUUAUCCUGCAGGGUUUAUCUCCAAUUCUGACCAAACACAACUAAACAAGUCAAUCAAGGUGUUUUGGAUUACGUUAAAAUGACAGACAAAAGUGUUUAAUCGGCACUAAACCUUGCAAGAGAAUGAUUCUCUAGGAUUGGAAGGUAUGUGAUCCUUUGUAAGUUUAUAAUAACCAUUAUUUUGAAAAUCAUCUUAAGUAAAAUUGUCUCAUUUAAUCGUAACUCGAUGUUAAAACAGAUUUCGUUAUUCAGUUUCUCUGGUACAACUUGGCGGUAUUUAAUGAUAAAAGGUUCCUACUGUGCAAAUUUAAUUCUGCUGUUUUAUUAAUUUACUAAUUAUAAUAACUUAACUUGCUUUCAAUUAUGGGAAAAAGGAUUCUUUAAAAAACGAUAAAAGGGAAUAAGAUGGAAAUAAGUGUGAUUGUGUCUUAUUAACAAAAGCUCCACGAACUCAUCUGGUGUGCAUAAACGGAGACAUUUCUUCGCCUUCCUGUGUAAAUUGCUAUUUAUUUCCACUAGAGGUCAGACUACGCAUAUGUUUAGCGCAAACAUUUCUAAUAUUAAUGCAAGAUCCACCACAUUGUUGACUGUUCAUAACAGUGGGGAAAAAUCUUAUACAAGCUCAUUAUUCACGUUCGACUACAUUUUCUAGGAUGUUAAUUGUUGAUGAUCAUGAUAUUUUCUUUCUCGACGUGUUCUUUUCUCUGAGUGAAUGUUAAACAUCUAUCAGACACCAUAGACUUGUGGUACACAAAAUUAAUACAUAGGCUACUCAAUUAAACUCGGUUUAUGGAACAUUAUGAUGGUACGGUGGAGACAUAUUUUCAAACACAAACAUAUUUCAGCAUUUGAGACAUUAAUAACCCUGUGGUCCCGUCCAGUUAAUUUGACUGCUCUCUAAACUCCUGAA